AUGACAAAUAUUUCUGAAAAACAUAACGUAAAUUCUAAUAAAAAUCAUAAAUCACAUGAUUUUAUUAAAGCAGAAAUUGCGAUCAGAGCAGUUAUUCUUGGGUUUGUUAUGGGAUCGUCUUUUCUCAGUUCAUUUCAUGUUAAUUUUUCACAAUUAACGAUAUAUUUUGUUUUUUUAUCAUUAUUUCAUUUCUUAGAAUUUUGGAUUACAGCACUUUAUAAUCCUUUAAACGCGUCAAUUUCAUCAUUUUUAUUUUCUAAUGGAUACCAAUAUAUUCUUGCACACUGUUUUACAAUAUUAGAAUAUCUAUUAGAAUACCUAUUUUUUCCUCAAAUAAAAAUGUAUAAAUUUAUAAGCUAUAUAGGAUUUGUUAUAGCCUGUUUUGGACAAAUUUGUCGCACAUUAUCUAUGAUUCAUGCUACUCAAAAUUUUUCGCAUAAGAUAUCACUAAAAAAAGUCAAAGAACAUGUUCUUGUUACAAACGGUAUAUACAGAUGGAUUCGCCAUCCAUCUUAUUUUGGAUUUUUUUUUUGGGCAAUAGGAUCUCAAAUUAUGCUUCUAAAUCCAUUAUCUUCUAUUGCAUAUACAGUUAUCCUAUGGAUACCUAAAAAACAUAAUUUUAAUUAA